ACUGAGCACAAAGAGACCAUGCCUCUUCCAGAAACCAUGUUUUGUACUCAGCAGAUCAACAUCCCCCGUGAGCUACCUGAUAUUCUGAAGCAAUUUACUAAAGCUGCUAUUAGGACGCAACCAUGUGAUGUUUUGCAGUGGGCAGCUGCGUAUUUUUCAGCAUUGUCAAAAGGUGAACCCCUUCCUGUGAAGGAGAGAAUUGAAAUGCCUUUAGCAAUAGAGAAAACAGAUAUUGGUUUGACCCCAGGAUUACUGCAAGUCUUGCACAAACAGCUUUCUCCCAAAGGCACAGUGGGUGUUACAGAACUGAAGGAAAAAUGGAAGAACUUGUGCUUGCCAGAUGAGCAGCUGAAAGUUAUCCUGCAGUUAGAUGACUUUGGUGACGAGGUGGAAUGGAUGAAAUUUUUAGCGCUUGGGUGCAGCACACUCGGUGAGUCACUACUGAAUUCAAUGAAAAUUGCCUGCAUAAUCUUAACAACAGAACCAGGUGGAGCAUCUCCCAUUACCUUUGAAACAUUCUCAUUCCUCUACUCAUAUUUGGCCAAUAUUGAUGGAGAGAUACCAGAGGAAGAAAGAGAAGCAUUCCUCCACAGAAUUAAAGAACAAGCUGACCAACAAACCGGCAUGGUGCUGCUCAGAAACUUUUUGACCCAGCCAUCAGUACUGUUUUGA